AUGAGCAAAGUCGAUACUCUCGGGCCGUUUUGUUCUAUUCUGAAUCAUAGUUUUCGUUCAUUAUCUGAUUAUGCAUACGGAGGUGUUGUGUAUCGCGGUAUUCUACUCACACCUGAAGAAGUAAACUGUUAUGAAAACGCGCGUGACGACUUUCUGCAGUGGGAUAGUUUUGUUUCAACGACGAAAAAUCGAAAUUUGGCCAUGUUAUAUGGGAACACAUUAUUUACGAUUGAGAUGGACAUGUAUGCCAGUGGUUUAGAUAUUUCGUCAUUUUCGAACUUUCCCGCAGAAGAAGAAGUUCUUAUUCGUCCCGGACGAGCUUUUUCAAUCAAUGACAUGGAAUUCAACACCGCGGACAAUAAAUAUCAUAUCAAUAUAUCGAUAUCUCUUUGA